AUUCGCCAUCAAGAUGGCGUCAUCGAAGGAAACCUAUUGUUUGUGUGGUCAACCAUAUAAUAUUGGACAAUUUAUGAUAGAAUGUGACUGCUGUCGUGAGUGGUUUCACGGCAGCUGCGUUGAUGUAAAGAUAUACCAGUCAGAUGACAUAGACAAGUACCACUGUCCGAAAUGUGCACAAACUUAUGGACCAUCAGUGUUGAAAACCCCUACAAACAACCAUCGAGCGGAUCGCUAUGAGCUAGGGGCCGAGACUCGGCCCUCGCAGACCGGGUCUCCGGCCUGGGUGCGCGCGCUGGCCGCGAGGCCGCUGCGGCCCGCACCUCCGGCGCUGGCCCGGCUGCAGCCGAGACAGUUCACCGAGGAGUUCGUCCGGGAUAAUGGCUUCACCCGGCCGAUCCUGUUCACAACGUCCGAGGGUCUGGAGAUAGAAACCCCGAACCCGGCUACGUUCAGCGCCCGUUCCGUGCUGCGGUUCUGCGGGAAGAAUCAUGAGGUGGAAGUUAUAGACGUCCGACGGCAGACCACACUGAGGAUGCCUUUAGGCGAUUUCGUGGAGUAUUUCGAGACACCCCCUGACUUGAGGGGGGAAAGGGUGCUAAAUGUACUCAGCCUAGAAUUCAGUGAUACCAAUAUGGCGCCGCUAGUCGAGCCGCCUGCCACGAUCCGCCGCCUGGAUUGGGCGAGCAGCGUGUGGCCGUCAGCGGAGUCCCCGCCCCGUCCGGCCGUUCAGAAAUACUGCCUUAUGUCUGCCGCCGGCUCUUAUACAGACUUUCACGUCGACUUCGGAGGCACCGCCGUCUGGUACCACGUUAUGCACGGAGGGAAGAUAUUCUACCUAAUACCUCCAACAUCCACAAACCUGGCUCUAUAUCAGCAAUGGAGCGCUUCCAACAAUCAGAACGAAAGAUUCUUCGGUGACAUGGUGGAAUGGUACGGCACAGCGGAGCUGUGUGCCGGUCAGACGCUCUGUAUACCCGGCGGGUGGAUCCACGCUGUUUUAACCCCGCAGGACACCUUAGUGUUUGGGGGCAACUUGCUCCACUCCUACAGCAUCGAGAUGCAGCUGCAGAUAUAUGAGAUCGAGAGGCGAGUGGAGACGCCGAUAAUGCUCCGGUAUCCGUUGUUCGAGGCGAUGCACUGGUACGCCGGGGCGCACCUUCUGACCAUGUUGCGGAGACACAAUGAAGAGACACAAGACGAAGAUUUCACCCUGCACGAGGCGGGUGCGCGCGCGCCGGCGCCGCUGCCCGCGCUGCUACUGCGCGGAGUCCGGAUCCUGGCCACUGCGCUCAAGGAGUGGCACGCGCUCAAGAGCACCGACUCCGCGAAGCGCGACAACGUACCCAAGUGCCUCAAUUCCGGUCAGCUAGUAAGAGAACUGUGCAAAGAACUGCGUACUCUCGAGAAACGAUCUGCCAGCGCAGCCAACAAAGAUAAGGACUUCAAAAUAAAGAACCACAUAUCGCCGAACAAAGCGAUAGCCAAAAAACAGCAGGCGCCAAAGAGAUCGCUGAAACUGACGCUGCCCAAACCCAUCAUGCACAUGGCCCAGCCUGACGAGUUUGUGGAGGAAAAAAUAUACGCCGACAAGUUCUAUAUAGAGAAUAAAGAGGUUGUCUAUGAUAGCAGGUAUCCGCAAGGUAUAAAAUACGCCAACGGUCUCCAAGACACAAAGUACAUCGUGGAGACCAAGGACCCCCUUCCCGAGAAAUACACCUUCCAGCACUACGAGGAACCUCUGUACCACGACCCGGCGUACGACAGGCAAGAUAAGAUGAAGAUCAGAUUAAACUACGCCUCCCCGCCCCGCGAGGAGCAGCCCCCUCCCCCCUACAGCCUCCCCGAGCACUCCAUCCUGAAGUCCCACCUCGUGCGGACGGACCGACCGGCCCUCAAGCCCAUACACCAGUGGACCAUCUCCAAGAAGGACCUCGGCUACCAGGAGGAGCAGAUACUCUUCACCAACGAGAACCUGCAGGCCAAUAUGAGGGUUGAGCAGGACAUCAAUUAUGGACCCGGCAUGUAUUCAGCGGAGGACAUACAGCAAGACUACCAAUACUCAGAGGCGGCUAAACCAGGAUCUUACCAGCCUGAAUAUGGAUAUCCGCAAGCGGCUUAUUCGAGGCUCGAAGCUCCCAUGCAGACAGUCCAGCAGGCGGCGAGUUACGCGCCCAUGGUACCCGACAUGAACGGGUACCACGCGCUACCCUCAUACGACGCGGCCAUAGCGCAACAGUACCCCGCCAAUAACUAUGUGAUAGAAGAGCAAAAGCCCGCAGCCCCAACGCCAGUACGCCGCUCAGAGCGUCCCGUGCGGCGUCGCGUGUCGCACACAUAUGACUACGAGGAUGGGGACUUGUAUAUCGAUGAUACACCCACACCGCGCCGCCGCAAACACCGCCCCAAACCGUACAACCAACAAUCCAAUUCAUACCGAGCACCAGCCGUAGCGCCCCCACGGCCUGCUAAUGGCAUCGAGUCCCUCAUACAGGCCUCCGUACUAGCUGAGGAAGACCCUUCUGACCACACCACGGAAGACGCGGCGGUAGCGGUGGCGGGGAUGCUCAGCAUCAGCGAGCGGUACGAAGCGCCGCCUCGGACGUUCGGGCUGGCCAGCGACGAACCCGACCCACCCACGGAGAGUGCGAGCGCGCGCGGCAACAAGCGAGUUCGCAAGCCCGCGCCGCGGGUCGAAGACCCUAUGGAUGACGAAGACAUUAUCAAGGAGGUGCAUCGAGACGAGGAAUAUGUGUAUCCAUCGCUGGAGAUGAGCUCCGAUGAAGACGAGGACUGGUCGUCGUCCCGGCGGCGGCGGAACUCCAGGAACAGAGUCGACUCCAGGUCUAAGGGGGAUAAGGACGAGUCGUGGUCGCCUCGUGCACGGCUCGGGCGCUUAGUGCCGCGCCUGCGCGGGCCGGCGCGCGCGGGCGUGCGGCGCGAGUGUGUGCGUGCGGCACUACACGCCGCCGCGCACCAGCCCGCGCCCCAGCACCAGCAGCAGCGGAGAGAGCAGAACGCGAAAAGAGCAGUACUCGCCACGAAAAGUAGGCGGCCGCCGCCGCCGGUACACAAUACGCCAAAUAACAAGAAUUCAAGACUGAAAAAGGGUAUGAAGACGGCCAAGCAGCGCCUAGGCAAGAUCCUCAAGAUACACAAAAUGAUAUAUUAGCAAUAGUAUAGCUCCGGUCACAGCGGCGUCGGCGAUCGGUAUAAUGCACAAA